AUGGAAUCUCUCCGCAAGAGGUUGGAAUCUGUCGAGAAGGCGAACAAUGCUUUUAAGCGUGAAGUUGAAACACUUCGGGAGCAACUUACCCAAGCUAAUGAGAAGCUCCAGGCCGCCGAAAAUAAGGCCUCUGCUGCUAAGAAAAAAUUGGAACAGUCUGAUGCCACCGUUUCACGACUUGUCGAGCGGGAAAUGGCCUUGGAGGGUCAAGUCGGCAUGGCUCAAGGGCGAGUCACCGCACUAGAGAAGGAACGCGACGAGGCUGUUCUGGCGAAGGAGGCUGUCGAGACUGAGCUCGCGUGGUGGAAAACAAAGUAUAAGGAGGUCGUUAAGCAGGGGAAAGGUGCAAUACUGGCGACUGAGGAAGCCCUUAAGGCUCAGGUCAAGAUCGUUGCCCCUGACUUCGACACGUUGGCAAUUGGUGUCUUCAAGAUGAUUAAAGACGGCAAGAUUGUUGACAUGCCUAGGAAAUGA